AUGGCAACUGAACAAGAUAAUGAUGUGACUGAACAUUUGAUAUACCCGAUUUGUAAAGACAUUGACAACAAAAACAUGGCAGAGGAUUUAGAAACGAACAGGGAAGAAAACAUGCAAAAUUUCAUGAACGAAAAUUCUUUAACCACAAUUUCAUCGAUUGUGUUGGAUCAAAACCGAAUAGGUACGAUCUACAUUCGUGAUAAAUCUACAGAUAUAUCCACGAUCGAUAUUAUAAAGAAGAAAAGUGCUAUUUCCUCGGCUCUGAAUUUAAAUAAAAUUUCAAAUAUCGAUGAAGAAACGAUGCAAAUAGAAAGGAUGAAGGAAGAGGGGAUAAAACAAGAAGAAGAUACGGCUACACCCAUUUCUGACGUUGAACCGAAAAGAUUUUUACAAGGAGAAGAUCUAAUAAGAUAUAAAAAACGUGGAACCAUUUUGCAGCCUAGACCAAGUAUAUUUCGAUUACCAAAAUCCUCAAUCGAGACGGAAAUUUCUUCGACCGACAGCGGGACGAAACCGACCGAAGAUAAACAAACGUCGAUCUCGGAAGUGUCAAUGCUUAAAAGAAAAUACGAAAAAUCAGAAGUUAUAGGUGUAUUGAGUAUGCAACUCGACGUGUAUCCUACAUCAAUUUUAUCAUUUUAUGAAGCAAAAGUGAUAGCCUGCGUCCUUGAGGAAUGCGUUAAUCAUUUGGCUGUCUUAAGAUAUGCUAUACCAGCGGAGAUCAAUGAUCUUUGGGACGAUACUGUAAAACCCAUAAAUGAGAAAUACGACGUCUCGAGGAAACCUCAUAGAAUAUUCAGAAAGGAAGCUAAUUUGCCACCGUUGACGUUGACGGUAGCAGAAAAACUUCAGAGAGACAGAACAUACGUGCACAAGAUUUUAAAUGAGACACUUGAUGAGAUCAAACAUUUCCGAAAAUUCGAAAGACUCGAACAGGAAGUGAAUAAUAUCGCAAAGAUGUUCGAGGACGAACAUAAUCUCGAAGAAAAUUGUACGAUUUGGGAGAAUCAAGUUAAUCAAUUACGAAAAUUGAUCAAAGAUGAAACUAGUAGAAAGGAACGCGAGAAAAGGGAGUUGCUGGAAUUGGCUCAGAUAACAAACGGAAAAGUCGACGAUACUGUUUACGAGAUAGCAUUGAAAAUGGGUUACGUUGAAAAUUGGGAAAAGGCGAGAUUAACUCAGCAAAAGUUGAAACACGACGUGGAAGAGCAAAGUCUUUUGAAUGAACUGAAUAAAUAUCGAAAGGAACAAAGCUUGGAGGAAAUAGUUACUGGAAAACUUAGUGCAUACUAUGAAGAGAAUAUCAAAGAUAUGGAGGAUGAAAUGUUUGCAUGGACCAAUCGAUAUAAUAAUGAGAUCGAACGACGACAACGAGAGAUAGACGAUUUAAAGGUUAAGGUUGAGGAACAGAAAAUCGAAAUUCAAGAUUUGCGUGCUAUGAAAGACGAAAGGGAUGCAAUAAUCGAUGCAAAUCUAGCUGAAAUUAAAAGAUUGGAAGAUGAAGCUAAAUAUCAAGCGAUUCUGGAUCGUGCAGCUACGAUCAUUGAAUCAGUAUGGAGAGGAUAUAUGGUAAGACAUCAACUGGGUGAGUACAAAGAUCUUCGAGUACGAUUACGUAAGAGAAAGAAAUUGGCAGCGGCGAGAAGGAAGAAAUUGAAAGAUCGAGGAAAGAAAUUUGAAGAAAAUAAGUCAAACUCACGCUCAUUUAAACAUCACACGCGCACAGCAUUGUCCUAUUUAUCGCUUAUAAUCAAUGGCAUCGAGUAA